AUGAAACUCUUCGUUUCAAUCUAUUUGUGCGCAUUGGUCAGUGGCUUUGCUACUAUCAGGCUGCAGAGCGGAAAGCACCAAUUGUACAAUUCCCAGCACAACUCUGUUCUUUUUGCAUCAUUGAUCCAUGUCAACGACCCUGAACUUGGUAGGUUUGAGCAUGCCCCUGAAGGGCUUCUGGUGAUGCAGGAAGCCCACAAUGCUGAGCUCUUUGAACCGAAAAUUGAUACUACUGAGCCCGAUGCUGGCACAUCCCUUCAAGACUUUGAUUUUGUAAAUACCAUUCCAUUGACACCACAUUACAUUGGAGCAUCAUCAUAUGUCAUGGAAUAUGGAGACACCAUCAACAUUCUUGAGCCGCAGCACUCCACCCCAGAAACAGCAGUGAAAAAUAUCGGACACAAGCGUGUGAAGCAGCUUUGCAGAGCUGGAACUGCAAGCCUGCAACAACGCCUGCACAGUGCUUUUGGUUUGGGCUCACUUCUAUUUGGAUCAUUGCAUUAUCUCGAUAUCACAACCCAUGGAUAUGCAGUUCCCGUCUCACAGACUGAAAUUUUGGGUAUUGGUGCUUUGCAUGUAAUGGUUGCCUUCAUGGGCCUCCCACGGCUUGACUGGAAGAACGAGAAAGAAGCAUCACGAAAUGCAUUGAUCUGGCCUGUGCCGCUCCAAAACAUCUGGUUGCUUGCUGCAUCCCUUACAGAGCUUGCACAAGGUCGUGAUGCUUUGAUUUCAAUGGAGAGCCCUGCCUUUGUGGCUUUCACUGCAUUCAACCUCUACUAG